UGGAAGCUGCCUCAAAGGGGGAAAAAGUGAAGGAGGCUGAAAAAACCCACUGUGGAUUACAUGUGAUUGUGUUCGCAUCGCAUCGCCCCCCCCACCCCCCCCAAAUCUGGUCCUUGGAUACUACAUACAGUGCACGCGCUAGUUUUGCGGAUUAAUGUGGACGCACAUCUGUGGAUUUAUCAGUAGUUGAAGGCGGUGGCUGAGGUGAGGUGUUUACAGAGGAGUGAAACCAUGUGGCUUCUCUGUUCCUCCCUGACUCUCCUGGCCCUCAGCUUUGCAUCAUGUGACACGUUGACGUCAGAACAAGAUGAACAAUGCCUGUCCUUGCAAGUGGAUGAGUGGAAGUUUUCUCAGACGACCAGGCACAAUAUCACAGGUUUCAAUCUGGUGAGGCGAUUCUCCCUGCUCAAGAAUCCAGAUGUGAAGAAGAUCCGCAACCCACGAGGACCAGUCAUCCUCCGCCUGGGCAAGACGGCACUCCUGCGUCCCACCGAUGAGGUGUUUCCACUCGGACUUCCUGAGGAGUUUACCUUGAGCUUCACCCUAGCUUUGAAGAAGGCUGCCCUGAGGGACACCAUCUACCUCCUCCAGAUAUCUGAUCAGCAGGGAUACCCACAGCUCUCUGUUGACUUCAGUGGCUCGGAUGGAAGCCUGUCCCUGAGAGCCAAAGGGGUUCACCCUGAUGCCGACCUGGUGAGCUGUGUUUUCACUGGAGAGGGGGUGGAGGCCCUGAUGGACAUGCGCUGGCAUAAAGUGUCUCUCAGCCUGCAACGAGGGGCCGCCUCUCUCCAUGUGGAUUGCAGCACUGUUGAGACCAAACCCCUGGAGCCUCGUGGAGAUCUGCUUACCGAUGGACACACUAUGCUGGGCAUUCGGGCCUCGGAUGCUGGGCCUGUGCAGAUGGACGUUCAGCAGGUGACGCUGUACUGUGACCCGUCCCUCGCCAUUCAAGAGGCCUGCUGUGAUAUACCUGGGGCUCGGUGCCCUCCCGAUGUGUCCAAGAGUCGCCGCGCCGCUGAGAACGACCUGUUGGAAAACACAUUUAACCAGGAGAUUUUUUCAUCCAAGGAUCUGGCAGAGAAAGUUGUAAAUCUUGCUGGGUUGAAAGGGGAAAAAGGUGACAGGGGUGAUGACUGUGCUGGCAGCCAGUCAGGUCCAUGCACACAAGGACCCAAGGGCGAGAAGGGAGAGAGAGGCGAGCCGGCGGCGCCUGCCAACUGGGGCGAAGCAGCAGGAUACAAGGGAGUCAAGGGUCAGAAGGGAGAGCUCGGUCCACAGGGUCUCACAGGCACUCCAGGGAAGGAUGGUCGAACAGGGACCAUCUGUGUUGUCGGUCCCAAGGGACAGAAGGGUACGCCAGGUAUGGUGGGUCCCGAGGGGUUGGCCGGGGAGCCAGGGAAGCCUGGACGCCCAGGUCUUCCAGGACUUGGAAUACCAGGCCUACCAGGUCCUCCCGGUGAACCAGGUGGUGCAAAAGGAGACAAGGGAGAUUCAGGAUCUCCAGGAGGAGAUGGAUUUCCAGGAGACCCUGGACCAAGAGGAACGCCUGGGUUUAAGGGAGAGAAGGGUGACCCGUGCGAAGUUUGCCCCGUGGUUGGUACAGACAUGGGCAACACAGUGGCUCUGCAAGGAAAGUCUGGUCCCAAAGGAGAACCUGGAUUACCGGGGACAGGAGAAAGAGGAUUGCCUGGGCCUGCAGGUGCAGAUGGCAAGUCAGGAGAGAAGGGGAGUGCAGGCAGCAAAGGAGCCGAUGGUAAGCCGGGAAAAUCAGGACCACGCGGACCCAUCGGCAAAGAAGGACAGAAAGGUGUAAAGGGAGAGCAAGGGCUGCCUGGGCUUGGUCUACCUGGCCCAAGGGGUGAGCAGGGCCAAUGUGGCACGUGUCAGCCGUCCGAAGUUGGCAGCGGGCCUGCUGGUUACAAAAUGCCAGAGGGAACGAAAGGGAAGCAAGGCGAACCGGGCCCUCCAGGGCCUGCCGGACCUCCAGGUCUUGGAGCUGAUGGCAAACAGGGCCCACCAGGUCUCGCUGGGACAAAGGGAGAAAAGGGUGAACUAGGAGACACAGGAGAUAAGGGACUGGAUGGAGUUCCCGGAGUCCCAGGACUGCCUGGAGAGCCUGGUCGGGAUGGAUUAAUGGGCUUAAAGGGAGCGAAGGGUGAAGCCUGUACCAGCUGUCCUUCUCUGGGCACAACAGUAGGUGAAGGUGUAGCUGUGCCAGGCCAAAGAGGAGAGAGAGGAGAGCCUGGUCCUCCAGGAGAAGGGAAACCUGGCAGGAAUGGAAAACCAGGCUUACCAGGUGUGCAGGGACCUGCCGGUCCCAAAGGAAACAAGGGAGAAGCUGGAGUUCCAGGAGUCGGCCUUCCGGGACCGCAAGGUGAAGAGGGACCAAGGGGGCGACCAGGGCUUCACGGACCUACUGGAACCACAGGAUCAACUGGCCCUGCAGGGGAAAAGGGCUCCAGAGGAGACGCCGGGCUUCCAGGACCGCAGGGACCUCCAGGCUUAGGAGAAGCAGGGCCCCCGGGUAAAGACGGAGCCCCUGGCUUUCACGGAGAGCCAGGAACUGAUGGCAGACCCGGAUUUGACGGAGCUAAGGGGGACAAGGGUGAACCUGGAGAGUGCAACUGCAUAACCACACACUCGGGUAUUGGUGGACCUGGAGCUCCAGGAACUCCAUUAAACGUGUGGCAGCCCGGGCCGCAGGGCCCACCUGGACCUCCUGGCCCUCCCGGGCCUCCUGGGCCUGAGGGUGUUACUGGAAUCCAAGGACCCGAGGGUAUCCCCGGGAACGACGGGAUACCGGGGAAACCGGGUUUGCCUGCAUACAUCAAUCCCACUGGGCCACACCAGCUGCCUCAAGACUCCACUGGAGGAGAUGGAGAUGAAAACUGUGAUGGGAGCUGUACCCCUGGGUCGCCCGGGGUGCCAGGCCUGGCUGGUGCUAAGGGUGAAAAGGGAGAUCAGGGCAAGCCUGGUGUAACCCCCUUGGACAACUGUGACACGUGUUCGGAGAACAAGGAGCAGGCAACGCAACCCAUGACGGGAACACCUGGACUUCCUGGACUUCCUGGAUCGCCUGGAAUAAAAGGAGAUCAAGGCGCACCGGGAGAGAGAGGCAAACCUGGAAUACCAGGAAACAUGGGACCUCCCGGUUUCCCAGGUCCUCCAGGCCCCUCUGGUUCACAUGGUCAGCAGGGUGAGCGAGGGUCACCUGGCCUCCAAGGAUUGAAGGGCGAGCAGGGCUCUCCUGGGACGUCGGGCUACCCAGGAAGCAUGGGACCACCUGGAAUGCCAGGACUGAAGGGUGAACGUGGGAGCCCAGGAAGCAGUGGUCAGAAAGGAGAAGCAGGACUUGCUGGUAACCCUGGGUACCAAGGACAGGCCGGCACACCGGGUAUUAAAGGAGACACUGGACCAGCUGGAGCUCCCGGGGGCAAAGGUGAACCGGGUUUCCAAGGAACUCCAGGCUUCCCAGGAUCACCUGUAUGUACAUGCUUUAGCUUCUCUGUAGCACAUAACAUUACAGGGAUACAAGGAGAUAAGGGCAAGGAUGGUGACAGGGGACUCCCAGGAAUUGGAGGUCCUCCAGGACCCCCUGGACACCCAGGAAUUAUGGGUGAGCCAGGCAAUGAUGGUGCUGCUGGUAAAGAUGGAACUCCUGGGCAGCCGGGUGAAAAUGGGCAGCAUGGUCAAAAGGGUGAAGCAGGAGCCCCAGGCCAGAGGGGUUCUCCAGGCGAGAGAGGCCGCCCGGGGCCUCCUGGUGGUGGCGGGUACCACCACUCCAAGGAUGCACAGCCCAUGAUUGGAGCAGUCGGACCCAGAGGGGAGAGGGGAAGCCCAGGCUCGUCGGGGACCCCCGGGCUCCCUGGACCUCCAGGUUCACCAGGAAAUGACGCUGUAGUCAAUUAUGACGAUAUCAAAGGCUUCAUCCGCCAGCAGGUCAUCAAGAUCUUUGACGAGAGAAUGGCCUACUACAUGUCUCGCAUGCAGAUGCCAGUAGAGAUGGUGGCGUCCCCAGGUCGGCCCGGGCCUCCAGGGAAAGAUGGUUCUCCGGGUAAUCCUGGCACCCCAGGUGCACCUGGCCUCCCAGGACAGAUUGGCAGGCAAGGCCGAUCAGGUCCCCAAGGACCUCCAGGAGUACAUGGACCACGUGGAGAAAAAGGAGAUAAGGGUCUUGGAGAGAUGGGAGAUGUGGGACCGCCAGGAGCACCAGGUGUCCCAGGUCCACCUGGUUAUGGUAAGAUGGGACCUCCAGGUUCCGUUGGCCAGCAGGGUGUUCCUGGAAUCCCAGGACCCUCUGGUCAGCCCGGUUCAAAGGGAAAUGAUGGCCGGUGUAAUCCUGGAGACUGUAUGAGCCAUCAAGUAGAGUACAGCCCCAAGGGCCCACCGAUGAAGGGCCCCUGGUAGAGGGUGUAGAAGAGGAGAAGGGGGGACUGAAGCGAAGAGACUAUGGGAAAAGAUAGAAUGCUAAAGAACACGAUCCAAAGUUACUGAAUUUGAUGAAAUAAAUGAGUCGCCGUUGUUGUUGAGUUGCAUAGAUUUUACCCACACAGAUUUUUUUUUACUGUAGUUCUGAGCAAAGAUCCACUAGUUGUUUAAAGGGCCCCACUGGAACUGAACGACAGAACACCAGCAGUACAUUUUUAUAUUGUCAUUUUUUCUUCUUCUUUUUUUUUUUUUCCAUGAAUGCCAAUUUAUUGCUGUAUUACUGCCUCUUAUUUCCUCUCUGUGUUUCACUUCUUUUGUACACUUUCAAACAACCCAGGAGAGGUGACAAGAAUCACAAUCUGUAUUUCCUUCUCCUUGAUUAAUUCUGGCCUCCUCUGCUUUUUGUUUUUUCAUCUCUCUCUCUCUCUCUCUCUCUUCCCAAAAGCUGUAGGAAGAGAAUACACAAUUACUGUAGCACUUUGCUCCCACCUCUCAUAUCUUUUCCUUUGUCGCUGAAUCCCAUUUGGAUAACAUCCUAUUCAUUUCAUUGCAUUCUCUGUCUCAGUGCCUGAGGUGUGAUACAUAUUUGAAUUCGACUCGUAAGAGAACAUCCCUAGAAUUGUAUCCCAGUUUUGCAGAAGCAUAAGUCACAAACUUGCGUUCAUACUCCCUUUGACUGUUUUGUAUAUAUUUAUAUUUAUAUAUAUAGUGGCUUUUGAUACUUUUUUCAAAGGAUUUGAUAAAAAUGCAUACACAUGUCUCGGCGCUAGUUUUUCAGUGUCGGUGGUUGUUCGGCACGAAAUGCCACAGGGAUAUUUUUCUAAGGUCUAUAAGCUUUCAUAAAGAAGUAAUGUGCUUGGUAAAAGACAAAGUAUUUAUAGGAGAAAAUUGCAUUUACACACACAGACGCACACACACAGAAAAAAAACCAUAUUGGCUAUUGUAAUUUCUGCGCUAAAUCCAAUUUUGCUAAUUUUAACUGCACUUUGUGGAAAUGCAGCCAUUCUCGAACAUCUCAUCUCAUUUUCUAUUCCAAAAUAGCAAUCUGUAAUGGCCAUCUGCUCCACCAGGCACUUGUUUAAGAAGAUGUGAGCAAUAAUUGAGCCCAUUCACCACAGGUACUGUAAUGCAACAUACUUAGCGUGGCCACCAAACCCCCCCCAUCAUUCACACACACGAGGGCAAAGAAAUUGCUCAUAAAAGUGUCGCAAAUGGCUUUUGUGGUUUUAAAUGAUGUUAAAUGGGGGGGGGGGGAUAUCAUUUGCAUCUCUGUCUCUCUCGCAUUUUGAAUCAUUAAUGCGUCUUUACCACCUCCGUGGUUUUAAAGUAGCUUCUUCAAAGAGGCUGUCACAUCGCGUGGUUCCCGCUGUCAACCUGUGUUGUCGCAAACGCCUCUCGAAUAGUGUUCAUUCAUGGACAGACGAGACCGUACAGACACUGGGCCUCUGGGCACAGAGCGGUAAAAGACCCCCCCCACCACCACCACCACCACCUCUCCUACACAGUGGUACAUCCAGGCUAAUGUCAGUUGUGUGCCUCUUUUGUUGUUCUUUUAUAAUGCUUUGUUUUGUCUAAUGCAUUCUUAUGUUUCUUUAUGGAUGGUUUAUGUCUCUUAUGUACUCGGUCUGCACAAUGUUGUGGUCUUUUGUUCCUCUUUACGGCGAAUUGAUUGACUCUCCCGGUAACAAACGUUAACUGUCACUUUAAACAAAGGCUGUGGCCCCCCUGCUGCCCCCUUUUUUGUGCCCAGUUGGCCCCGUUCAGCAGUGCAUCUGUGGAUCCAUCAACUCAACCGUCAUCGUCAUUGUUGUUGCAAGAAAAAAAGAAAAAGAAAAGUGUCUUAAAUAUGUUGUUUUUAUGAAACAUUUGUGAAAGAAAAACAUAAUUUUUAAAAGCAGAAUUGCAUAAA